AGGUAAUCCUUCCUCACCCUUCACGUCACGAUGAUUGGCGUUUUCCACGAUGGUAUCGAAGAGGCCGUUCGGCACCGUCCGAUCUCCGCCCCGGCCCCAUCACGCUCGUCCAUUAACUCUUAUCCCGUAGUUCAUCUACUGGUUCUAAUGCUGGUUAGAUAUGAAGGGAAAAUCCUCGCUCUAGUUCUACUGCCAAGAUCAAAGCCAUCUCCCGUUUGUUCCUCUCCGUCUCUCUCUCUGACUUUCUGUUACCCUCUUUCUCUCUCGCAUCCACACAACCAGGGUUUUUGAAGCAGCAUUUGGAGAUUUGUAAUGGAAAAUGGGGUGGGGGUUGUUGAUGAGAAUCAUGUGGUGGAGAUGAGUGCUGCGGGGAAUGGGGCUUUUGAUGAGAGAGUGGAGAAAAAGCUUGUGGGUGCGUCCCACGAAUCAAAGGAUUCUGGGGGGGAUGAUGUUUUUGAGGAGGCUGUGGGUACGCUGGAGCAGUUAAGAACCAUUGCCCAGAGUGUUUUUCUUGAUGAAGAUGCGAAGGUUGGGAUGAGUCCUGAUUUGGGGUCUGUGGAGGUGGAAGCGGAGGCGUUUGAGGAGGCAGUUGGGGCUCCGGGAGUGUUUGGAAAUGGAGAAGUGGGAACGGAAGUACCUGAUACAUGUGUUGAUGGAGAGAUGGAGGUUUUGAAGGAUGGGGAAGAGGUGGCUGCAGAGUCUGGUGUGGUUGUUGAGAAGUCUGAAAAUGGGGAUUCAGAAAAUUUAAAUUUAGAGGGAAGAUUGGUUCAUGAAAAAUCAGAAAAUGGGGAUGCUGGUAAAGUCAAGGAGGAGUUUGAUUCUCUUUGUUUAGAUAAGUCUGAUGGAGAGAUUCUGCUUCAAGAUGGUUUAGGUGAAGAAUUGAAGGACAACUUGGCUAAAUCAAGUACUGAACAUCACGAUGCUAAGAUAGUUGACCUGGAAAAUUCUGUGGAUAGGCAUCAAGAUGAUAGAGGUGAGGACACAGGUGACAAUUUGAAUGCCCUGGAUACAGAAUUUCGAUGCGAAGGGGUUGGGGAGGUGAAGGAUGCUUCAGACAUCCCUGAUUCAGGGCUUGGAAAAGAGCGUGGGGAGGUGAAAGAUGCUUCAGCCAUCUCUGAUUUUGGGCUUGGGGGUGUUAAGGUCGAAGAGGUGAAGGAUGCUUCAGCUAAUUUGGUUAUUGAACGUGAAGAGAACAGGAGCAGGGAACAGAAGGAUAUAUCAGGCAUCAUUCAUUCAGGGCAUCCUGAUAAUGGUGGUAUUGUGGAUGAAACUUCGAAUAGCUUGCAUGCUUCUGCCGAGGAAGGGAAAGUGACUUCAGAAAUAGAGAGUGCCUCUUCUGUUGAACAUUCAAAUGUUGAGAAGAAUGAGAAGAUUCAGUGUGGCGUAUCUGAUUUGGGAGCCCAGGAUGUCAAGGGUCCUCAACCUCAGCAUGCUUCUGAAAAUGUUAAAGCUUGCAACAGCAGUUCUGUUGUUGAGGAGCCUAAAAGUGAUGCAGGAAAGGAUGGGGAGAAAAAGCAAAAUGCUGAAGGGAACAGGGAACCAGAAAUCAAGCCUACUGCAGGUAAUGCUUCUUUAUUAGGAAAAUCUGCAAAUCCUUCUCUUCUUCCUGCUCAUCCAGCUGGUCUUGGGCGUGGUGCUCCACUCUUGGAACCUGCACCCCGAGCAGUUCAGCAGCCUCGGGCAAAUGGAUCCGUUUCUCAGGUACAAGCUCAGCUAGUUGAAGAUCCCACAAAUGGGGAGGCUGAAGAAACUGAUGAGACCCGUGAAAAACUCCAGAUGAUACGAGUGAAGUUUCUACGGCUUGCUCAUAGGCUUGGGCAGACUCCCCAUAAUGUUGUUGUAGCUCAGGUCCUGUACAGAUUAGGAUUAGCUGAACAGUUGCGAGGUAGAACCGGUGGUCGUGCUGGAGCUUUUAGCUUUGACCGUGCAAGUGCCAUGGCAGAGCACCUGGAGGCUGCUGGGCAGGAGCCUCUUGAUUUCUCUUGCACUAUUAUGGUUCUUGGAAAAACUGGGGUUGGUAAAAGUGCGACUAUCAAUUCAAUAUUUGAUGAAAUUAAGUUUGGGACGGAUGCUUUUCAAUUGGGAACAAAGAAGGUUCAGGAUGUGGUGGGAACUGUACAGGGGAUUAAGGUACGGGUUAUUGACACUCCAGGGCUUUUACCAUCCUCAUCAGACCGAAGACAGAAUGAGAAGAUCCUUCACUCUGUUAAGCAGUUUAUCAAGAAAUCUCCUCCAGAUAUUGUUUUGUAUCUUGAUAGGUUGGACAUGCCGAGCAGGGAAUUUGGUGACAUGCCACUGUUGCGUACAAUAACUGAAAUAUUUGGACCUUCAAUAUGGUUUAAUGCCAUUGUAGUUCUGACUCAUGCUGCAUCAGCUCCGCCCGAGGGACCGAAUGGUACUGCUCCUAGUUAUGAUAUGUUUGUUACUCAAAGGUCUCAUAUCGUCCAGCAAGCAAUUCGUCAGGCAGCUGGGGAUAUGCGCCUCAUGAAUCCUGUUUCUUUGGUGGAGAACCAUCUGGCAUGCAGAACAAACAGGGCUGGUCAGAGGGUUCUGCCAAAUGGUCAGGUUUGGAAGCCUCAUUUGUUAUUGCUCUCAUUUGCAUCAAAGAUUUUGGCUGAAGCUAAUACACUUCUAAAGUUGCAAGAUAGUCCACCAGGAAGGCCUUUCGCUGCCAGGGCCAGAGCCCCACCUUUACCUUUCCUUCUGUCAUCUCUUCUUCAGUCAAGACCACAGUUGAAACUGCCAGAAGAGCAGUUUGGUGAUGAGGACACUCUAGAUGAAGAUUUGGAUGAAUCUUCAGAUUCAGAGGAUGAAUCAGAAUAUGAUGAAUUGCCACCGUUUAAGCUUUUGACAAAGACCCAGCUGGAAAAGCUCACUAAAGCUCAGAAGAAAGCAUAUUAUGAUGAGCUAGAAUACAGGGAAAAACUUUUUAUGAAGAAACAGCUGAAGGAAGAGAAAAGGCGGAGGAAGAUGAUUAAGAGAAUGGCAGAUCAAGCUAAGGAUUUGCCAGGUGAAUAUACUGAGAAUGUGGAAGAAGAAAGUGGUGGCGCAGCAUCUGUGCCUGUUCCCAUGGCAGAUUUGCCCUUACCUUCUUCUUUUGAUUCUGAUAAUCCCACUCACCGGUAUCGCUAUCUUGAUUCCUCCAACCAGUGGCUUGUGAGACCUGUUCUAGAAACCCAUGGUUGGGAUCACGAUGUUGGCUAUGAAGGCAUAAAUGUAGAAAGAUUGUUUGUGGUUCAGAAUAAAAUGCCGUUAUCUUUUUCUGGUCAGGUUACAAAGGAUAAGAAGGAUGCCAAUCUUCAAAUGGAAGUAGCCAGUUCAAUAAAGCAUGGGGAAGGGAAAGCGACUUUGUUGGGUUUUGAUAUGCAGAGUGUUGGAAAGGACAUGGCUUAUACUUUACGAAGUGAGACCAGGUUUAGUAAUUAUAGACGAAAUAAGGCAACAGCUGGUCUUUCAGUUACGCUAUUGGGUGAUGCCUUAUCAGCUGGAGUGAAACUUGAGGACAAGGUGGUGGUCAAUAAAUCAUUCCAGUUAGUGGUGACUGGUGGUGCCAUGGCUGGUCGUGGGGAUGUUGCCUAUGGUGGUAGUUUGGAGGCUACUUUGAGGGAUAAAGAUUAUCCUUUAGGUCGUUCACUAUCAACUCUUGGGCUCUCUAUUAUGGAUUGGCAUGGAGAUCUUGCCAUUGGAUGCAAUAUACAGUCCCAGAUCCCUAUUGGACGGUCUACGAACAUGAUUGCUCGUGCCAAUUUGAAUAACAGAGGGGCAGGACAGGUCAGCAUCCGCCUGAACAGCUCAGAGCAGCUGCAAAUAGCUUUAAUUGGCCUCAUUCCUCUUUUCAGAAAGCUUCUUGGUCUUCAACAACAAAUUCCGUAUGGACAAUGAUGAAAAAUUGGUUGUAUGAGCUGCAGCAGUUGUGCUAUCAUGGGGAAAACUCUUUAAGUGACCAUCCCUUGAUGGUCACAGGAAAAACUGAGUGAAACCAAACGGCUGCUUUCUUCCUUUUCACAUUGUAGUUUUCCGCUUAGAUUUUCAAAUUUUCUGAUUUUGUUCCUGGUAAGGUUAAUUUUGGACACAGUAGUGCUGUUUUUUUCAGUUAUACCUUUGUCUUUUUUUGCCCUGUUAUAUUCAUAUUGGUGUGGAAAUUGCUCUAUACUUGCAUAGAAGUACUAAUCUGUGCCUUUUUGCUCAA